GUCCUUUGGCUACUGGUUUAUCUGGAUUAUUUACACUUUUUGGUUUCAUCCUCUAGCACGUUAUCCGGGGCCACCAUUGGCAGCUAUCACAAAUUUCUGGUAUGCUUGGGCGUGGACUAGCGGGAAAUGGCCUAUAAUCGCCAAAGGAGCUCACGAUAAAUACGGGGACAUUGUACGAAUUGCCCCAAAUGACUUGUCCUUCAUCACCCCCCAAGCCUACCGGGAUAUAUACGGCCAACCUCAUAAAGGACGCAAGCUCUUUCCGAAGCCGCCGAUCUUCUGGAAGACUAUGAACGUACCAGGUAUGGCUCACAUGACGGACGUAGAAGAAGCUGCUGCUUCGCGUCAAAUGCUUUCUCCGGGAUUCAGUGCUCGCGCCCUACGGAAUCAGGAACGCGUAGUCCAGAUUUAUGCGGAUCAGUUCGUGGCCACCCUCGGUGAGCUUGCAUUUGGCGAGUCUUUCGAUGCGGUCAAAAACGCAAAGACACACUUUUGGACAAGCGUUGUUACGGACGCAAACGCCAUCCAGAUCCUCCCGGGCCUCAUGAUACGCCUCCCGAUUCUGAAGCUUUUCAAACCCUGGUUCAUGACGAAGGAACAAGCCGCCAUCUAUGAAAUGCACCGCCGACUUACCCAGGAAAAGGUCCGCAAGCGGAUCAGGCUCGGAGACGCGGCCAAGGACGACUUCUUCUCGCACGUGCUUAAGGGCCAGCUGACCGAGGAACGGCUGGCUUCCCACGCAAGCGUCCUCAUGGUCGGGGGCGCUGAGACUACCUCGGUCACUUUGACGGGGGCCGCCACCUUUCUAGCGCAGGACCAGCGGCGCUUCGACAAGCUCAAGGAUGAGGUCCGCUGCGCCUUCAAGGACAGUGCCGAGAUCGACGGCGAGUCCGUCGCGCGACUUCCCUACCUGAAGGGCGUGCUCGAGGAAGCUCUCCGCCUAUUCCCGGCCGUCUCGGGCUUCCCCCGCGCUUCUCCCGGGGAGACUGUUGAUGGACAUUACAUCCCCGAAGGCACCGUCGUGAUGGCCGACACGCGCACCAUGGGUCGAGAUCCACGAAACUUCCCCGACCCAGACACGUUCAAGCCGGAGCGCUGGAUCGAGGAGAGGGAGUCGAUGAACCGGAAGCUUGUCAACAUGACUUUUGUCCCGGGUGCUCGAGGCUGCAUGGGCAUCAGUAUGGCCCAUAUGGAGAUGCGCAUCAUACUUGCGAAGCUGGUGUUCGCCUUUGAUUGGGAGCUUCCUCGGAUCAUGGCUCGGUUCCAUCCAAGGGGUGGUUAAGGUCCCAGGGUGUGGCUCCCUGGCAAGCCUGGUGACGGCUUACAGCUCUAGCUUCUAGAUUAUUAAAGUCUUAUACUUGGUAGUCACAUUAUA